ACCGUGCCUCCGCUCCUGCCCAACCUCGCCUGCCCCCCGCGAGUGCCGAACCCCCUGGGGCCGGAUGCCAUGGGUAACAACUUCUCCAGUAUCCCCUCUCUGCCCCGAGGAAACCCGAGCCGGGCGCCGCGGGGCCACCCCCAGACCCUUAAAGACUCCAUCGGGGGCCCCUUCCCUGUCCCGUCUCACCGAUGCCACCACAAGCAGAAGCACUGCCCUCCGGUGCCGCCCGGCGGGGGGCUCCCGGCCACACCACUGCUCUUCCACCCGCACACCAAGGGCUCCCAGAUCCUCAUGGACCUCAGCCACAAGGCCGUCAAGAGGCAGGCCAGUUUCUGCAAUGCCAUCACCUUCAGUAACCGCCCGGUCCUCAUCUAUGAGCAAGUCAGACUGAAGAUCACCAAGAAGCAGUGCUGCUGGAGCGGGGCGCUGCGCCUGGGCUUCACAAGCAAGGACCCGUCCCGCAUCCACCCUGACUCGCUGCCCAAGUACGCCUGCCCCGACCUGGUGUCCCAGAGCGGUUUCUGGGCCAAGGCGCUGCCCGAGGAGUUUGCCAACGAGGGCAACAUCAUCGCUUUCUGGGUGGACAAGAAGGGCCGCGUGUUCUACCGCAUCAACGACUCAGCUGCCAUGCUCUUCUUCAACGGGGUCCGCACGGCCGACCCGCUCUGGGCCCUGGUGGACGUCUACGGCCUCACGCGGGGCGUCCAGCUUCUGGACAGCGAGCUGGUGCUCCCGGACUGCCUGCGGCCCCGCUCCUUCACCGCCCUGCGGCGGCCGUCGCUGCGGCGCGACGCCGACGAGGCGCGCCUCUCCGUGAGCCUGUGCGACCUCAACGUGCCGGGCGCCGAGGGCGACGAGGCCGCGCCGGCCGCCGGCUGCCCCAUCCCGCAGAACUCGCUCAACUCGCAGCACAGUCGCGCGCUGCCCGCGCAGCUCGACGGCGACCUUCGCUUCCACGCGCUGCGCGCCGGCGCGCACGUCCGGAUCCUAGACGAGCAGACGGUGGCGCGCCUGGAGCACGGGCGCGACGAGCGCGCGCUCGUCUUCACCAGCCGGCCUGUGCGCGUGGCCGAGACCAUCUUCGUCAAGGUCACGCGCUCGGGCGGCGCGCGGCCCGGCGCGCUCUCCUUCGGCGUCACCACGUGCGACCCCGGCACGCUGCGGCCCGCGGACCUGCCCUUCAGCCCCGAGGCCCUCGUGGACCGCAAGGAAUUCUGGGCCGUGUGCCGCGUGCCCGGGCCCCUGCACAGCGGCGACAUCCUGGGCCUGGUGGUCAACGCCGACGGGGAGCUGCACCUCAGCCACAACGGCGCCGCGGCGGGCAUGCAGCUGUGCGUGGAUGCCUCGCAGCCGCUCUGGAUGCUCUUCGGCCUGCACGGGGCCGUCACGCAGAUCCGCAUCCUCGGCUCCACCAUCCUGGCAGAGCGGAGCAUCCCGUCACUCUCCUGCUCCCCUGCCUCCACGCCAACCUCGCCCAGCGCCCUGGGCAGCCGCCUCUCCGACCCCUUGCUCAGCACGUGCAGCUCUGGACCUCUGGGCAGCUCUGCUGGCGGGACAGCCCCCAACUCUCCAGUGAGCCUGCCUGAGUCACCAGUGACCCCGGGCACAGGACAGUGGAGCGAUGAGUGCACCAUUUGCUAUGAGCAUGCAGUGGACACGGUCAUCUACACAUGUGGCCACAUGUGCCUCUGCUAUGCCUGUGGCCUGCGCCUCAAGAAGGCUUUGCACGCCUGCUGCCCCAUCUGCCGUCGCCCCAUCAAGGACAUUAUCAAGACCUACCGCAGCUCCUAGCCCGUCAUGGCGCCCCACCCUGCACGCCUGCCUCUCAGACUUCGGCCCCAUCCAGCUGAGGGGCAAGCCAACAGGGCCCCUUCUCUUCAUACUUGUUUUGGAAACUCUUUCCUCUUCUCCAUUAAACAUGGGAAACUGAGGCCCUUAAAGGUUU